AAAUUGAGUGGAUAAUACGUACUAGGCGUAGAGAACUUGGCUUGUAUAGGUAAAUAAGUCCAAAAUAUCACAAACUACAAACUCUUCACAAAAACUUUUUUUUUGAAGAACUUGAAGAAUCCAGACAUGCAAAUGAUGAGUAUGAUGUUUCUGCUAUGGUCAGUAAUCUUAAUUCCCAUCAUAUUUUUCAUAAAACAUAAGAGAGGGAAGAACAGCAACACACCUCCGUCGCCACCGGGACUUCCCUUGAUCGGAAACCUUCAUCAGCUAGGCCGCCACACUCACCGAUCACUAUGCUCUCUCAGCCACCGUUACGGUCCUCUCAUGCUCCUUCACUUUGGCCGUGUCCCCGUUCUUAUAGUAUCUUCGGCUGAAGUGGCUAGAGACGUUUUGAAGACGCAUGACCGUGUUUUCGCAAGCCGUCCACGUUCAAAAAUAUUCGAGAAGCUUCUUUACGAUAGGCAUGAUGUGGCAUCAGCUCCUUAUGGAGAGUAUUGGAGGCAAAUGAAGAGUGUGUGCGUCCUCCAUCUCUUCAGCAACAAAAUGGUACGGUCCUUUCGAGAAGUGAGAGAAGAAGAGAUCAGUUUGAUGAUGGAAAAGAUCCGGAGAUCGAGUUCUUUGCCGGUGAAUCUAAGCAAGAUCUUGAUGAGUUUAACUAACGAUGUGAUAUGUAGAGUUGCUUUGGGACGAAAAUACGGCGGUGAAACAGAUUUUCAGGAGUUAAUGGAGAGGCUAAGCAAGCUACUUGGGACGUUUAGUAUUGGAAGUUAUGUACCAUGGCUUUCAUGGGUUGAUUGGAUCCACGGUUUAGAUGGUCAGCUUGAUAAGACGGCUAACGAUCUUGAUGAGAAUGACUUUGUGGAUGUAUUGCUCGCCAUUCAGAGAGAGAAGAGCGUCGGGUUUGAGAUAGACCGUGUCAGCGUAAAGGCAAUCGUCUUGAAUGUUUUUGUGGGUGGUACGGAGACAUCGUAUACACUUAUGGAAUGGGCAAUGACAGAGCUUCUACGUCACCCAAAGUGUAUGAACAGACUCCAAGAAGAAGUCCGUAAGAUUUGUAAGGGAAAAUCAAGUGUAUCAGAAGAGGACAUUCAAGAACUGAAAUACUUAAAAGCUGUGAUCAAAGAGACAAUGAGGCUACAUCCUCCACUUCCUUUGAUGAUUCCUCACGACUCAACACAAGAUGUCAGAUUAGGUGAUUAUCACAUACCUGCCGGUACACAGGUUUUGAUGAAUGCGUGGGCUAUCGGGAGAGAGGCUGCGACGUGGGGACCAGACGCGGAGAAUUUUAGACCGGAGAGGCAUUUAGAUUUGUCUGUUGACUACCAGGGGCAGUCUUUUGAGCUGAUUCCAUUUGGAGCUGGAAGAAGGAUUUGCCCAGCAAUAUCAUUCGCUGUGGUGCUGAAUGAGAUAGUUUUGGCUAACUUACUGCAUCGGUUCGAUUGGAGAUUACCGGCUGAAUCUAUAGAGAAUCAAACCGGUAUCGCUGAAUCAACCGGUACUUCAGUUCACUGCAAGUUCCCUCUCUAUGUUAUUGCAUCAUCUACUACUUGACUAAGGCAUUAACAUGAAAAUGCUUUGUUAUAUUGUUAUGUCUACAAUAAACAACAUGUUUACUCAUUUGAAACUCUUGAAUAAGGCAAUAAGUUUGGGUGAUGAUUCUGUUA